AAACACAAACCCUGGAUUGAGACGUCGUACCAUGGAAUCAUAACGGAAAACAACGACACUGUSAUUUUGGAUCCUCCCCUGGUGGCUUUGGAUAAAGAUGCCCCUGUUCCCUUUGCAGGUGAGAUAUGUGCUUUUAAAAUCCACGGGCAGGAGAUGCCCUUCGAGGCCGUUGUGCUGAACAGGACAUCGGGAGAAGGUCGGCUGCGAGCAAAGAGCCCCAUUGACUGUGAGCUGCAGAAGGAAUACACAUUCAUCAUCCAGGCCUAUGACUGUGGGUCAGGACCAGCUGGAACCAACUGGAAGAAAUCUCACAAGGCAGUAGUCCAUAUCCAGGUGAAGGAUGUCAAUGAGUUCUCCCCAGCGUUCAAGGAGAGCGUGUACAAGGCCACAGUGACCGAGGGGAAGAUCUACGACAGCAUCCUGCAGGUGGAGGCCAUCGACGAGGACUGCUCCCCCCAGUACAGCCAGAUCUGCAACUACGAGAUUGUCACACCCGAUGUGCCCUUUGCCAUCGACAGAAACGGUAACAUCAGGAACACAGAGAAACUGAGCUAUGAUAAACAGCACCAGUACGAGAUCAUGGUGACAGCCUUUGACUGUGGGCAGAAACACGCGACAGAGGAUGUCUUGGUGCGAGUUAAUGUCAAACCAGUGUGCAAGCCAGGCUGGCAAGACUGGGACAAGCGCAUUGAGUACAGGCCUGGCUCCGGCAGCAUUCCCCUGUUCCCCAGCAUCCRCCUGGAAACGUGUGAUGGGCCAGUCUCCUCCAUCCACAGCACCAUUGAACUGCAGACCAAUUUCAUUGGGAAGGGCUGCGAUCGGGAAACCUACUCGGAAAAAUCUCUGCAGAAGUUAUGUGGAGCUUCCUCAGGUGCCAUUGACCUGUUACCAUCGCCCAGUGCAACAACCAACUGGACAGCUGGGCUGCAAAUGGAAAGCAAUGACAUMAUUUUUAAAUUUGAUGGAAAGCAAGGAGCCAAAAUUCCAGAUGGAAUAGUCCCAAAAAACUUAACUGACCAAUUCACCAUCACUCUGUGGAUGAAACAUGGACCUAGCCCAGGGUUAAGAGCUGAGAAGGAGACUAUUCUCUGCAACUCUGACAAGACAGAGAUGAACCGGCACCACUACGCGCUCUACGUGCACAACUGCCGCCUCGUGUUCCUGCUGCGCAAGGACUUUGACCAGGCYGACACCUUCCGCCCCGCCGAGUUCCACUGGAAACUGGACCAGAUCUGUGACAAGGAGUGGCAUUACUACGUGGUGAACGUGGAGUUCCCUGUGGUGACGCUCUACAUGGACGGCACCACCUACGAGCCCUACCUGGUGACCAACGACUGGCCCAUCCACCCCUCCCACAUCGCCAUGCAGCUCACCGUGGGGGCCUGCUGGCAAGGAGGUGAAGUCACCAAGCCCAGGUUUGCUCAGUAUUUCCAUGGCAGCCUGGCCAGCCUGACAAUCCGGCCAGGGAAAAUUGAGAGUCAGAAAGUGAUUUCCUGUUUGCAAGCCUGCAAGGAAGGUCUGGAUAUUAAUUCUCUUGAGAGUCUUGGCCAAGGAAUAAAGUAUCACUUCAACCCUUCCCAGUCAGUCCUUGUCAUGGAAGGAGAUGACAUUGAGAAUAUAAAUCAAGCCCUYCGAAAGGUCUCAUACAUCAAUUCCAGACAGUUCCCCACUGCAGGCGUAAGACGGCUCAAAGUCUCAUCUAAAGUCCAAUGUUUUGGUGAAGAUGUCUGCAUUAGUAUCCCAGAUAUAGAUGCCUAUGUAAUGGUGUUUCAGGCCAAUGAGCCCAAGAUUACAAUAACUGGCAUGGACCACUUUGCCAGRCCAGCUGCACAGUUUGAAAAUGAAAGAGGAGUUAUUUUGUUYCCUGACAUCAGAAUUGUCAGCACGGUCACUAAAAUGGAGCAUCCAGUGGACUUAAGAGAACGUGAUGGAGCCAAUCAGCAAGUGGUGGUAGAGGAAAUGCUGCACAACUUGGAUUUCUGUGAUAUUUUGGUCAUUGGGGCAGAACUGGACCCUGAACAAGARUGUUUAGAGCUGGAUCGUGCACAGCUUCAAGGAAAACAUCUAGAUGCCACCAAUUCCACUGCAGGAUAUUCGAUCUAUGGAGUGGACAGCAUGUUCAGCUACGAGCAGGUGCUGCGCCAGCUCCGCUACCGCAACUGGGGCACCUCGGCCACCUCGGACAGGAAGUUCAGGGUCAAGUGCUCGGAGCUCAACGGGCGUUACACCAGCAAUGAGUUCAACCUGGAGGUUAAUAUUCUACACAGCUCCAACUCCAACUUCAUGGACCAUGUAAAUCACAUGCUAGUCCAACCCCAAUUUCUCCAAUCUGUUCAGCACCCYGAAGGGAGUGUGAGUGCAGUUCACAACUCAGUUGUUCCCAGCGUGGCCACGAUCGUUAUCAUCAUCUGUGUGAGCAUCCUGGUUUUUGUCAUUACGCUGGGCGUGUACCGGAUCCGCACGGCCCAUCAGCACAGCUCUGGGGAGCACGAGGCGGGCAAGGACAGCGAGAUGGACUGGGAUGACUCUGCCCUCACCAUCACYGUCAACCCCAUGGAGAAAUAUGAAAAGCCACACCAGGCAGAAGAGGAGAGUGAGGAAGAAGACAUAGAYGAUGAAGAGGAAGACACAACCAGUGCUGAAUCAGAUGACAGUGARGAGGAUGAAGAGGAGGAAGAGGAGGAGGAAGUGAUUGUCCAAAAGGGAGACAAACAGAAUGCCACCAGGCAAGAGCAGUUGGAGUGGGAUGAUUCAACACUCCCGUACUAACAAACACCCUUCCAGCCACAGCUCUUUUGUAACAACCAAUACAAUGUUUUUGCAGAGUCUAUGAAAUCAUUGACAGGAUUUGAACUUCUGCUUGCCUAUAACUGUUUUGCCUAAAAUGAUCUUGUUGUAGUAAUUGAUAAAAAUAGAACUGACCCUUUUCUUACAAAGCCUGGGGAAAACGUGGUACGAAGCUGCUGGCACACCCAGUAAUAAAGUGAUCCAGAACUCGAUCGGUUAGCAAGCGUAGUUCUCCAUUUCCUGUUUCUACCCUGCAGAUGUGUGACAGAAGUCCUGUCACUCGAUCCAUAGAGGUUUUUGCCUUUGCUAAUUUUUUCACACGGGAGAUUUGAAGAUUUGCUUCUGUGGGUCCAAAUASCAGUUGCCAUCUAACUUCACAUUCUUACAGGUGUAAAAAACAUAAUCCACCUCCAGACUGGGGCAGGGCUUUAGUGCUGCAGGGGACAGAGGCUCAAUUCCAUCUGUCAUCUCGUCCUGCCUUUUGGAUGUUAACUGUCUUUUACAAGGGAAUACCUAGGACUUGACAGGGGAUGCAUGUGUGCCUAUGUAGAAGUGGACAGUGUAUUUUUUUUAGGCAUGCUGUCACACCCUCAGGAGAGGGAUUUUUAUCCAACCUACUGAUAGAAAUUUAAAUGAGUUUAAAAAAAAAAACAGCGACAACAAGGGGGGUGCUGAAGGUUACCAAAAAAAUAAUCCCCAGCUCGUUCUGUGUCCAAGGAUUGAGUAAUAUGAUCUUAUGCAAACUGUAAAUUCUAAUGGGAUUGAUUCACUGAAAAUCUGUAGAGCUGCUCAUUAGUUAUGGAUUGAGCAAUUUGCWGCAAAUCGAUGCUUUAAACCGUCUGUCUCAUGGAAUCAUUAGCUUGCUGCAGCAUCUUACUGAACUAGUGGAAAAUAAGUGACCCCAUUAUUCCAGAGCUAUGUAUGGCUGGGAUUUAAACAAUUAUUUUAGAUGAGGAAAAUGUUCCCUUUUGCUUAGUGAAUGCCAGCUGGAAUUCCUGUCUGACUGUAUUCUAUAAAAACAUUAUGCCCUAUUUCUUCUGUACCCCUGCCUGCCUGUAGUGUACAAGRAAAAGGAACAGCACUGUGAGCUCUCUUCUGUGCUCAUAAUUCUCCCUUAUUUCUUCUUCCUGAAGCCAUUAAUGUUGAGAAAAGGUUUUAUAAAGUAGACAAGGAAAAAGAAAACCUAGGUGGAACCAAAAUAGCUGAAAACAAAACCUAAAUUCUUAAGAGGUUGAGAGAGUAUUUUAGUUUGUUAUGGUAACACAGCAUAUUUUUCUUAAACACUGUUUAAAAAGAAAAAAAAAAAAGAAAAAAGCAGAGCUACAUAUACAACGUGUUGAUAAGUCUGUGUGGUGUGGUUUUUGUCCCCUUUCCUUAAGUACCUUUGCAUCUUCAACUGCUCUGCUUACCAGAUGCUGCAGCACUUGCUAGGGUAGCUGCUCUAAUGCAUAGAAACAAAACAAUGACAUGGAGGUGAAUGCUGCUUCGUGGCUUGUCUGAGGUUUUCUCCUGAGUAUUUUGUUUUCUUUGCAAUUUCAUCUUUGACUUUUGCUUUUGUAAUUUGCUGUUUAAAAUGAGCUGCUGCCUCUUCUCCACUCUUGCAGUCAGUCUCGCCCAACAGGACCUUCCUGAGCACCCUCAGUGGUGGUUGAUGUUGCAAAGGGUACUUGGAGCAAUCUUGAGGGUAUCCUCCUCCCUCAAUAAUAGAUUAUUAACAGCUCCUGAGUGUCUUGGGAUCUCGGGAAUAUAUGUGUGUGG